GCAGUCCGGGCGGAUCUCCCCUCGUGCGGCUCACAUUUCCGGGCAAGCGGAUGCCUUUUCUAGAUGCCGCGUAAUCUCUCGCGCUUCCUGCAACGCGGUCGAUUACCCACUCCGGUUUGACCUAAGGGGAGAUUAUAUUGGUUUGUCAGGGGAUGGGAAACGAUGUGGUAUUGUUAUUUUCACUUAUGUGUGCUGUGUGUAGCAGUUUAUUUAGCUUGAUUGUUUCUUUAGGGUUUGGUUGGUGAAAUCUACUAGCCUGGCGGACUAAAACCAUACCUUAUAGCAGGAUUAGCAGGUGUGCGAAACAGUUGCUAGCCAGUCUAUAAAAAUGGAAUUUUCAACACUCGUUGUGACAUACUGACAUAUACUGGUAUGUCACCAUGAAGAAAAAAAAGGUGGAGGGGACGAGAAAGGACUUUUUCUUACUUUUGAAGUUAUGUGUCUUCUCAUAGUGAUAUUUUGUUUUUGGAAUCAGUAGUAGAUAGUAGUAAACAUGAUCGCUGCCAUCAGUGUUGGUGUUAUGCUUGAGAUACUUUCUGUGACUUCAGAGCAUAGCAUUUUACAUUUCCUGUACAUGAAUUUUAUUUUCCUUUUCUUGUUCACAUGUCCUAAGGUAUGGUAGUAACUCACCCCCUCUUACAUGCGGCUCGGGUCAAUAUGGAAAUGCAUUUCAUUCACUUUGUAUUGUUUUAUUCAGAAUCUUACUAUUGAUGCACUGUUGCAUUUUCUUUCUCUGGUGAGUGAUACGUUAGUACGUUACUACCUUCAUUCUAUUUUGUUUGUUGUUUUCGUUAACAUAUUUAUGGUGCUUUGUUGCAUUUUCAUUCUCUGGUGAGUGAUACGUUAGUACGUUACUACCUUCGUUCUAUUUUGUUUGUCGUUUUCGUUAACUUAUGGUGCAUAGUUGCAUUUUCUUUCUCUGGUGAGUGAUACGUUAGUAUGUUACUACCUUUGUUCUUUUUGUCGUUUUCGCUUGUCAAAAGUUUUAUGUUUUGUUUGCCGUUAUAGGAUUCCCUGUCAAGUGCUUGCUACAUUUCCAAUAUGCAAUUCCUUUCUUCAUUGGUUCUCAUCGGUGAUUAAAGAGACAUGCUAAUUGCCUUUUGCCAGAACUUUGAAGGAUGGCGAGAUCACCAAGAGGCCGCAACCUCCAAGCUCGUCAACGUAGGUCAGCUUCUUCUGAUGUCCCAUCGUGCUCCUGGAAGGCAAAAGGAACAGGCAAAGAAAAUGAUAUGUCAGUGACCUCUGAGAAGAAUGAAUGGAAAGGUGCCACUUGCCCAGUUUGCUUGGAGCAUCCACAUGAUGCCGUCCUCCUCUUGUGUACCUCUCAUCACAAGGGCUGCCGACCAUACAUGUGUGGUACCAACUACCGUCAUUCUAACUGCCUUGAACACUUCAAAGAAGCUUAUGCAAAGGAAAAAAUGGCUCUUGAUGUUUCAGCAGAGUCUGCACCCAGCCUUCCAUUGUCCUCAAACACACAGCCUGCAAGCAAGCAGCCAUGUGCCAUGGAACUUGCUUGCCCUCUCUGCCGUGGUGAGGUUAAAGGAUGGACUGUGGUUGAACCUGCUCGUCAGUAUCUCAACCGGAAGCGGAGAACCUGCAUGCAUGAUGGCUGCUCCUUUGUUGGCUCAUAUAAGGAACUUUGCAAGCAUGUGAAGUCCAAGCACCCUUCAGCCAAGCCUCGUGAAGUUGAUCCUGCUAUUGCAGAUGAGUGGAAGAAGUUUGAAUGUGAGAGAGAACGUCAGGAUGCAAUCAGCACUAUCAGGGCCAUGAACCCAGGAGCUGUGAUCAUGGGGGAUUAUGUCCUUGAGUUGAAUGGUGGUGGCAACAGCCAUUUGCCCAUUGAUGGCGAGAGCUUUGACUUGGAGGAAAGACUCAACUUCUUCACAUCCUUGGAUCGCACUCUGAAUGAGAGGAUUGACUUGUAUGACUCGUCAGAUGGUGGUUUGGAUGAGGGCUUUGACUUCUUGGCGUCCUUGUUUGCUCGUGGCAGAAGAAUCUCUACUGGAGAUUCAUUUAGCAGGGCAUAUAGAAGACAUAGGGAGAGGCCUAGGCGUUCAACUACCACUAUUGAUACUUCUGACAUUCAGCAUGACACAGUUAACACUCAAAGGGGGCGGACUGGUACUCUUCGGGCUGUAGGCAGAACUUCACGGCGGCACCAUCCUAUGGUGGCUCCUACAAGGCCAACUCGCGGCAGCUGAGAGAUGAAAUCAAUCUGGGGGGUUUGUUCAUUCUAUCCAUUUGCAAGGGACACAAAAUAGCACACUGUGGUAAGCUGCUGCCUGGUGGUCAGAGGCCCAGCAUGUUCUUCCUUCCCUUUUUUCCCCAUUGCUGAGAUGGCUAUAGCGGAUAUAGGUUGGAUGGAGAUCUCUGUUAGGCAGAUGCUGACGCUUGUAUGAUGUGCUCUGCAAUCUGCAUACAGUUUUGGGCUGAAGCAGCUCCGCAUUUCAGGUGCUGCCUUGCAUGGAUUUGUGAAUACCCUUGCCUUGAGAGUUUCCUUUCCCUUUCUGUUAGUCAAAGCAAACAGCAAACAGGUGAUUGUUUCGGCAGCAAUUGCUGUUUGAAAGUUAGAUGCCAGUGUCAUGAACAAAUCCAGCAUACAGAUUACUGCUUAUGUUUCGGUGUUGAACUGUUGAUGUAGUUUUGUAUCGAUAUGUUGUGGCCGAUGGAUGGCUUGGUCUAGUCUAGUCGAAAUGUGAGGGGUCUGAACUUAUUUGCCAUGAGUACAUCUUCUCAUGGUUUGCCUUGUAUCGUGCUGCUAGGGUGGUUUACCUGGUGGUACUCAAGAAAGUCUCAAUGCAGUUGUGGCUGUUUUAGCUGCUGCUCAUGGGGCUGGUUUGCAGUUAUUUGUUGCAAAUGCAACAGUAUUGACAUGGUGUUUUGCUGGAA